AAAAAAAAAAAAAAAAAAAAAAUCAACAACAACGAUGGCAGGCGGAUUAUCCGAGAAUGAGUUAGCUAAACUCCGAAACAGAUUUAAAAGAGAUGCAGAGCUUCUUUUACAGCCAGUUUCGGAUGAGGAAGAAAAGAAUAAAGAGAAAGCAGACUCCAAACCGCUCCCACGCUUUAACCGACACUCCGUCUUCUGGAUUUCUGCUUCUGUUGGUUUGACCUACUACAUAGAUUUUUUCAGCAUCAUCCUGGAAAACGAAGAUAUUAAAAGUUGGUGGUUUAAUGUGGGCCUAGUGCUGCUGUGUGUGUGCCUAAGCCUCGCCACAUUCUGCAUUGUGUAUCUGGAGUGGUUCAAAGGAAUUCAGCAUUAUGAUCAAGAAUACCCUGCGAUUCCACCAAUCACCACCGCUGCGUUCAUCGCUGCCUCCUUCAGUUUUAACAUUGCACUGUGGCCUGUGUGGUCCUUCUUCACUCCUGUGAUUCUCUUCACUCAGUUUAUGGGAGUCGUGAUGAUAAUCUCACUUCUUGGAUAAAGGCAUGAGACGCAUUGUUUUUGUUUUCGCUGUGACGUCUUUGCGUGGGGAAGAAACCUGAGUACCCGGAGGAAACCCCCACAGCACGGGGAGAACAUGCAAACUCCGCGCGCACACAGGGCAGCAGCGGGAAUCGAAUCCUCAACCCUGGAGGUGUCUUGUAUGUUUUGGACUGACGUGUUGCAUAACGCUCACAACCACCUUCAUCAAAACAGCAAAUAAGGAAAUAUCUUUUGGAAGAAUGGUGUUCAUCGCUCCAGUACAGUUCCAGAGAUGUGUGGAAUAUAUCCAUAUGUACUUGGUACUUGAUAAGUCUAUAUUAAUUGGUAUUUGUAUUGGGAUUAACAUUACAGUAUAACUGUAGGUUAUACUUUUGUAAAAAUAAAAGAAAAUUGUGUAAUUAUAA